AUGAUUAUUCUGCUAUAUAUCUUAGCCUCCAUACAAUACGUAUCAUGCUUGCAUUACUACGCUAAAUUAGGGAACACUAAAUGCUUUUAUGAAGACUUAAGUAAAGAAAGCAUUCUAAUUGGAAAUGUGGACUUUUACGUGGAAUCAGGACGGGGUAACUUCAUUCCUGACCCUAAUAUAAGAAUAGAGGUCUUAAUAUAUGAAACAUUUAACAUGGAUGAGAAGGUUUUCUCACAGCCGAACUUGCCGCUGGGAGAAUUCACCUUUACAGCUAUGAAUACAGGAGAACACCGGAUAUGCUUGACGCCAAUAUCUUCAAUUAAACAAAUUAGAGUUAGGAUCUCAAUCGAAAUGGCAGUGCGGCACGCCGAUAUCUUAGACAGCAAAAGGAUGACAGACGUUUCGUAUUUGAAGAACCGGGUAGUUUAUCUAAUCAAUAGACUUGAAGAUUUACGCAGAGAACAAGCAACCAUCAGAGCAGAUGAGGAAGAGUUUAUAAAGCUCAGCGAAUUGGUUAAGAAUAAGAUAAUUCACUGGGCAGUUGCUCAAACAGCCAUUUUAUUUGGCGUUUGGCUGUUACAGCUACGAUUUCUUCGUAACUACUUCGCAAAGAGGAAGAAAUGCUAA